AUGCGUAAUCUGCACUAAAAAAACUUGAAAGCACUUGCAUUUAACUUCAGUACAAAAGUUUGCAUUAGCUUCUUAGAUCCAAUGCUUAUUAAACAAUUCCACUAAAAUCAUGACGCAUUCAAAAAGGUCGAUGUAUCUAUGGCUAUAACCUAUCUUUUUGGAGAUUCAAUUAUAUUUGCUAGAGGAAAGCAGUGGUAGCGCUAAAGAUAGUUUUUGGGUAAAUCCUUCCACUUUGAAGAAAUAAAAAAUUAUCUUCCACAAAUUAAAUAGAUUUCAGAAAAUGUAUUUGGAAAUAUCAAUCUAAAUGGAUCUGAAAAUGAAGAAAUAUGUGCUGUUUAGAUUUGCCAAAAAGUAACAUCAGAAGUUGUGUUUUAAAUAUUCUUUGGAUCAACUUCUUAAAAUUUGGUCAUAACUACUUAGAAAGGCCAUCAAAUAAAAGUAGCUGAAGAACUUAUAUCUGCUAUUGUUGAUUCUAUGUAGAUAUUUGAGACAGAUAAAAUAGCCUUACUUAAGUGGAUAUUUCUAGAAAAAAAUAGUACUAAAUAUUUUACAACAAAAAGUGAAAAGCAGCUCAAAGAUCGCUUGAUUGCGAUAAAGCAAGCAUGUCUUAAUGUUAUAAAAAAGAGAAAUGACUAGCUUUCUUAAGAUAUUAGCUUAGUAAAAUAGAAUUUCUUAGAUUUAUAUUUAAUAGAAAUGAUUACGAAUUAAAACACCUAAAUUACCUAUGAAGAAAUCAUUGAUAAUUAUUUAACAUUAUUUUUUGCAGGAACUGACACAACUGGAAAUAUGACUGGGGUUGCAUUAUAUUAUCUUUCAGUUAACCCACAAAUUUAAGAGCAAGCAAGAGAUGAAAUACUAUAAAAACUUUCCCAAAAGACUGCAUCCAAAGAUCCUAAAUACCUUUUUGAUUCUUUUUCUUUUGAUGAUCUUGCAAGUUUGAAUUUAUUAAAUUCAAUUUUAAAGGAGUCUCUCAGAUUAAUUCCCCCUGCCAUUGAUGUUUUUCCAAGGGAAGCAGUAUAGGACAUUAAAAUUGGAGAAUUUGAAAUUAAAAAGGGAGAUAUUGUAACUUCGCAUUUUAUAUAUAAUUAGUCUAAUAAUGAAAUAUUCUCAAAUCCUGAUAUCUUUGAUCCCUAAAGAUGGAUGAAUGGCAAAGAGUAAUAAAAUGCAUACAAUUUCACUCCUUUCUCAUUAGGACCUAGAAACUGUAUUGGCUAACACUUAGCUAUGAUAGAAGGGAAAUGUAUGUUAGUCUAUAUACUUUUAAAUUAUUAAAUAUUACCAAAUACUAAUUAAUAAUUGAUAAGAGAAAACAACUUAGUAUAUGGGUUUAAGAAAGACAAUCUAAUUUUCUUUAAAAAAAUUAUACUUUGA